GGUGGAGAUCAUCAACCAAUGAGAAAAGAAAGCGCGUCGGGCAUGGGCCCACAAUAUAUCAAUUUUAUCCGGCCAAAAACAAAAGCGAAAUCCCUCUCUUCCACGUCUAGCCGUCCAUCUCGCCGCUGUUUGUCUUGCGCAGAAUUCCUUGGGGCGCCGCUCUCUCGCCUAACAUGGUCGUCUCAAGCAGCUCCUCUUCCGGCCGUCGCCUUGGCGUCGAUCGCUUCUACAAUCCGCCUGCUGUGAGGAGACAACUCGAGCUGCAGCGACAACAGCAGCGGCUGCAGAAUACAGUCAAUUCGAUGGCUCCCGUCGUCGAUAAGCAUGUCUACGAAGUCAGAGAGGAGUCGGAUGAUUCCUUGAAACCUUCUGUGUCUUCUUCCUCCUCUUCAUCGUCGAACUCUCCUUCUCCUCCUCCUCCUCCGAGGGCGACUCCUGCAGUCGCAAACAUGGAUCGCUUUUUGGAGGCCACGACCCCCGUGGUUCCAGCUCGGUAUUUAUCCAAGACGAGCAAGAGGGGUUGGAGGAAAUAUGAGGGGGUGGAAUUGUGUCCCUACUUCAAUCUCGGGGAUUUAUGGGAUUCGUUCAAGGAAUGGAGUGCUUAUGGUGCAGGAGUGCCGUUGGUUUUGAAUGGUGGCGACUGUGUUGUACAGUAUUAUGUUCCUUUUUUGUCCGGCAUCCAGCUCUACCUCGACGACUCCAGGACUAAAUGGAGAUCAAGGAUACCUGGUGACAAAUUCAAUGGGGGAAUGUACCAGGAUGCCGGCAGUGAUGCCAGCAGUGAGAGUGAGGCUGAUCGAGCUUUUAGAAAGAGAAGGGAUACUUCAAUCACGUCUAGCCAUAUAGACCAGGAUGGCCUUUCUCACAAGGAAAAUGGGGUUUGCGGUCAGACACUUGUACCAGUAUUCGAGUAUCUGGAGCAUGAUCCACCAUAUGGAAGAGAACCCUUAGCCGAAAAGAUUUCACUGCUUACAAACAAAUUUCCUCAUCUAAAGACGUACAGGAGCUUUGAUUUGCAUCCAUCCAGCUGGAUCUCUGUUGCCUGGUAUCCAAUAUAUAGGAUACCUACAGGACCAAUGCUACGGGAUUUGGAUGCUUGCUUCCUGACUUACCAUUCAUUGUCUACCCCACUGAAAUAUUCAUGCAAUGGUCAUUCUGAGGUGAAUGGCAUCAGUAGUGUCAAGGAUUUCAAUAACUUCACCCAUCAAUCAGCUAAGUUAUCACUGCCUGUUUUUGGACUAGCUUCUUAUAAGUUCAAAGGCUCAAUUUGGAAUAGUGACAAUAUAAAUGAGCGGCAAUUGGCAAGUUCUUUACUGCAAGCAGCUGAGAAUUGGCUUCAGCAUCUAAAUGUGGAUCAUCCCGACUUUCGCUUCUUCCUCUCACACUCCAGUUCUAAUUUGCAUUGAUGAAUUCUGUAAAUAUUUCCAUUUUGCACUGGUUUGAGAGGCCAAGGGAAGCCAUUGAAACCCGUUUGCAGUUAUUUGUUUUGGUUAGGUAUAUCUGACAACCUAUAAUUUAUGUAGGUCUUAGAAGUUGUAUUUGUAGAUAAUUUCAUAGGUCCUUUACCCAUUAAUAGGCUUUCACAAGACAAUUCGGAUAGGCUAAAUGUUGUUUAAUUUAGAAAGCUAAAAUACUGCCGGGCUUCUAAUGUGAGGCUGGAAUAUCCUUAAGAAAUACCCCCUUCACGGAAUAUCUUUAAAAUUUCGUGGCAUGUAAGAGUGGUCAAUUCCAAUAGGUGAACUUAUGCGCUUUAUUUUUGUUAUGAUGUGGGGCUGUAUAACAAUUUGAUGAUGACGACAAUAAAACAAAUUUCUUUAGGCAGGACAACUGUUUCAAGUGCAAAAGUUUUCGUGUUUUCAUCACACUAUUUUAGUGUUAUGUUCUGUGUCACUGCCUCUUUUUAGGCUAGCUUCUCAUAAAUUCAAAUCUUCAAG